AUGAGCGAAGACAGCCAGCCACGUCUUCUGAAAUCCGACCCCACCCCGUGGGACCAUGAUCUGAAUGUAGAGAACUCCAAUCAAAGCGACAAUCAAAGCGACGAGUUUGAGCCAGAAUGGGUGGAGGGAAUCACACUGGUGAUGGUGAUUUCAGGUAUCACGCUAGUCGUGUUUUUGAUGCUGUUGGAUAUGUCGAUUGUUUCGACGGCUAUUCCAAAAAUCACCACUCAAUUUGACUCGCUCGGUGACGUUGCAUGGUACGGGACAAACUCUUCCAAAAUGCUCAUCAUCGGCCGCGCGGUGGCAGGAAUCGGAUCAUCGGGCAUGAUGAAUGGGGCGUUGAAUAUCCUAGCCGGUGCAGUGCCGAUCGAAAAGAGACCGGCAAUGAUUGGGAUCAUCAUGGGGGUUGGCCAACUGGGCUUAGUUGGAGGGCCACUAGUUGGUGGUGCUUUUACGACUUACUCGACUUGGCGAUGGUGCUUCUAUAUGAACUUCCCCGUAGGGGCAUUAGUUGGUGUCCUGCUCCUCUUCACACGCGUCCCAGACCAAAAGCCAAAACAACCCGCUCGCGAAAUCCUGCGUUCAGUGGCCCUUCAGAAAUUCGGCUUCAUUGGGUUUGUGUUAUUCGCGCCGGCCUCGAUCAUGCUUCUUCUGGCGCUACAGUAUGGUGGGAAUGAGUACUCGUGGGACAGUGCAACAGUCAUUGGCCUGAUCUGUGGAUCAGUCGCGACUUUCGUGGUCUUUGCUUUGUGGGAACGGCAUAUGGGCAUCGAGGCAAUGAUUCCGGGUCAUUUAGUCUGCGAUAAGAUUGUCUUAUCCAGCAGUCUACUAUCGAUGAUGAUCUUUGGGUUCACGAUGACUCUCUCAUACUACCUGCCCAUCUACUUCCAGUCUGUCCGGGACAAGUCCGCCUUGUUGGUCAUGGCCGUGGUAUCCGGGGUGCUGACCUCAAGGCUCGGUUACUAUCUUCCUUGGGGAGUUCUUGGAGCUAUUCUAAAUUCCGUGGGAAACGGCCUGCUCUCCACCUUGUUACCCACUACCUCGGUGCCCAAUUGGGCCGGCUACGAAUCGCUGGUAGGAUUCGGUCGAGGUGCCAUCUCCCAAGUACCCAUGAUCGCCAUCCAAAACGCGGUCACAGGUGAUGACGUCUCCACUGCCAUGGCCAUGAUGACCUGUGCCCAGACCUUUGGCGGGGCCAUCUUCCUGGUCGUGGGGGAAGUUAUAUUCGCCCAGACCCUUAAGAAGAAGAUCCCCGAGUAUGCCCCCUCUGUGAAUGCCGAAGCAGUCAUCGCUGCCGGCGCGACCGGAUUCCGACAAGUUGUGUCGGCGCAGAACCUGCCGGGCGUGUUGGUAGCGUACGCGAAGAGUAUAGACCAGGUUUUCUAUUUGAAUGUCGCACUAUCCUAUGCGCAGUUUGUCUUUGUAUGGGGAGUUGGAUGGAGGAGUGUGAAGAAGGGGAAGGAGGAGGAGAAGGAGAUGGUGUCAGAGCAGGCGUGA